AUGUCCUUUGACGAUAAUUCACGAAGGGCUGGAUUGGAGAUUGAACUUUUAGACGAAACAAUUGAAACGUUUAAGGGAACAGUGGCUUCAGAAGGGGUGACCGGAUUGGAAACCGUUCCUGUUUUGAACUCAGGAGGUAUGGAGCUGGUACAGAGACAAGGGGUGACCGGAUUGGAAACCGUUCCUUUUUUGAACUCAGGAGGCAUGGAGCUGGUACAGAGACGUGAGUUGAAACGAGACACACGCUUGGGAUUACAAACAAACUCGAAAUCGUGUAGUUCAUCAUUUCCACGCGGUGAUCGUGGCGUUGGUACCUGA